AUGGAAACCCGAAGCAAGUUUGGCACCGUGCUGCUUCUGCUGUUUUGUGUCGCCGGGAUAUACGCUUCAUAUUUGACGCAAGGCGUCGUCAACGAGCAUUUAGCAAUCAAGCGCUAUGGUGAUCAACAGGAGCGCUUCAAGAACUUGGAAGCCUUGAACGGCGCGCAGGCUCUGACAUGUUUUUUGUGGGCGGGCGUAAUCCUGCAAGUACUGCUGCUAACGGGAAGAGUUUCCAGCAGCGACUUGGCAAAAUGGCAUGACUACUGGCGGGCUGGAAUCACCAACUGCGUCGGCCCGGCGUGCGGCAUGAUUGCGCUUAAGAACAUCACCUACUCGGCGCAAGUUCUCGCUAAAUCUUGCAAGAUGGUCCCUGUCAUGCUGAUGGGUGUCGUGCUACACGGCAAGCGGUACAGCGUCCUGGAGUACGUGUGCAUGACGCUGAUUGGCCUGGGCGUAGCUGCAUUUGCUCAAAAAGGCAGCAGCAAGGUGACGGGACGGCUGGCCUCACCCAACCCGUUGCUUGGCUACACGUUGUGUUUCGUCAACCUGGCCUUUGACGGCUAUACAAACGCUGCUCAGGACCACAUCAACGAGCGGCACAGGAAAAACAGCCCAAUCCACAUGAUGUGCUGGAUGAACUUCUGGACGGCAUUGUAUUAUGGUUUGUACAUGCUGGCGACUGGGUCGGGAGCGGAGCUCGUGUCGUUUUGCUCGCGCCAUCCGGACGCGUUUGUGGAUAUAAUCCUGUUCUGCCUUUGUGGUGCCGUUGGGCAGCUGUUUAUAUUCUUCACCAUCAAAACCUUCGGGGCACUCGUAAACACACUUGUGUGUACGACGCGCAAGUUCUUCAACAUCCUGCUGUCGGUGCUGUGGAACGGGAACCCACUACUCCUCAACCAGUGGGUUGGCGUGGGAAUGGUGUUCACCGGGUUAUUGGUGCAAGGGAUAAUGAAGUCCAAGAAGCACAGUAAGAAAAAGACGGAGUAA